UCAGCAUUUAAUUUCAUUAUUAUACAAAUAUUUGUUUAAAAGUACAUGUGAGAAUAUUAUCUCCGAAACUAAGGGUUUAUAAGACAAGUACUAAUUUAUAAACACAUUUAAUAAAAUUUGUAUAUGCAAAAUAUAUUUCAUAAAAUUAUCGAUAUCGCUCGUGUGGGUGUCCUUCCCAUCGCUACCUGGCAGCCAUCUUACAGCCUAUCCCCGACCCGUUAAAUAUCUCUUCAGCGCAUAAAAGGUCGUAAGUCCCAGGCUGGCGAGCAACUAUAGCGAUUGCGCGAAUCCCGUAUAGUCGUUACCGGUGAAGGUGUAUGUGGUGUCAGUUAACUACAAGUGCCGGAAAAAGCGACGUCAUAGAAGGCGUGAUAUCGCCCUAUUGAUGAAUCGUGAAUUAAAUCAGUUUUAUUUUAGUGAAAUAUCACAUGAUAUUGAGUCACUCACUAAUUCACAAGUUUUUCCAGUUGACUCUCCAAACAAAGUACCAUUAUAAAUGUCAACUAAACAUCAAAGCAAAAUGCAAUCCAAAAGACAAGUAUUAAAUGCAGUUCAUCGUCUAGUUGAAACAAUGGCCAGGUGGAUGUACAUGUUCAUCGCAUUCUUAAAGGGUCCUGCAGAAUGUCAACCACCUAUAAAGGAUGAAAUACUUUUACAUAGUGCAGUUGCUUUAGCUUCUAGGAUUCGAAAUAAAUUGUUAACUUCAAAGGAGGUAGUACAAUUAUAUAUAGAUAGGAUAAAAGAAAUUCAGCCAAUACUAAACUGUGUAGUAGAAGAACGUUUUGAGGAGGCCUUAAAGGAGGCACAAUCAUGUGAUGAUUUUUUGAAAUCUCAAGAUGCUCCAUCUCCUGAAGUAUUAGCUGAAGAAAAACCUUUUCUUGGUGUGCCUUUUACAACAAAGGACUGCAUUGGAAUUGUUAAUAUGAAACAAACAGCUGGUUUAGUACUUCGUAAGAAUAUUGUUUCUGAACGUGAUGCGGAAGUUGUCAGAUUAAUGAGAGCUGCUGGGGCUAUCCCUCUGGCGACCACGAAUAUAUCAGAACUAGCUAUGUGGUGGGAAACUAGUAACUGUUUAUAUGGAACUACAAAAAAUCCUUAUAAUACCAGACAUAUUGUUGGAGGAUCUUCUGGUGGUGAAGGCUGCAUUCAAGCAGCAGCUGGUUCACCAUUAGGGAUAGGAUCAGACAUUGGUGGCUCUAUUCGUAUACCGAGCUAUUUCAAUGGCAUCUUUGGUCACAAACCUUCUACAGGAAUAGUUUCAAACGAUGGCCAGUAUCCGAGUACACAAAGUGAAGACCAGGAUCGCUUGCUCGCAAUUGGUCCUAUGUGCAGAUAUGCACAAGAUCUACUGCCUACUUUGAAAAUUCUUGCAAAUAAGAAUGCGCAUUUAUUACGAUUGAACGAAACAGUAGAUAUUUCAAAACUUAAGUUCUAUUAUAUGGAAGACGAUGGUGGUCAAUUCUUGACAUCUCCAGUUGAACCAGAGAUAAAAGAAGCCAUGAGAAAAGUGGUUCGGUAUCUAGAGCAAACCCAUAAAGUUAAAGCUACUAAAUUGAACAUUAAAAAGCUUAAAAAAAGCAUUGAACUCUGGUUGGCGAAUAUGAGUUGUAAGGAUGAAAAAGAUUUUACAUACGAAUUAUCGAAUAGAGACGGUCAUAUAAAUCUGUGGUGGGAGUUUUUGAAAUGGACACUGUUCAUGAGUAAUCACACGUUGAUAGCUCUCCUUACUGCCACGUUUGAAAGAUUUGCAGUAAAGCAUGGAAGCGAGAAACACGCUAAACUCAUACAAGAAAGUAGGGAUCUUUAUCAAGAAUUUCAGGAUAUUUUAGGCGAAGACGGUGUGUUUCUAUACCCAACGCACCCAACUGCGGCACCAUUGCAUCAUGAACCUCUGGUUAAACCAUUCAACUUUUCAUACACUGCUAUUAUUAAUGUCUUGGGGUUACCUGCUACUGCUUGCCCCUUAGGUUUGAAUAAAGAAGGACUUCCUAUUGGUAUACAGAUUGUUGGUGGCCUACAUCAAGAUCGUUUAACCAUAGCCGUUGCUCAGGAGCUACAACAACGUUUCGGAGGCUGGGUACCUCCACUAGUCGUGGUGUGAUGCAUUUGUCUAUUAGACAAUAAUGCAAUACAUAAUAUGAUGCAUAAAGUCUCUUUUUAUCAUAUUUGACCAUCAUUAUUUUUCGAUAACUAAUUUACACCUGAUUAAUUCGUACCAGAAAAUCAUAAGGUAAAGUACAAAGUCGUAUUGAAAAGGCAGAUGAUAUCCUAUGUGUUACAUAUUUCGGAAAAAUCUAAAAAGGGACUGAAAUUCUUACGAGUAUACGUAAUAUGAUAAAUACAAAAAUUUUCGUAUUGGUUUAUAUAAUCAAGUAGAAACUAAGAUUCGCCGAACACGCGAAAUUGUGCGCGUAUAAGUAUAUAUAUAUGUAUAUGUAUACAUAUGUACAUGCAUAUAUUUAUAUUUAUAAAUUGAUGUUAAAGGAUACAUUUUUCUAAGAAAAAUCAUGUUCAAAGAAGUAAUAAUAUUUGUACAUAAGUAAAGUACUACACUAUA